GCUAUGGAACAGGACUCGAUGCAUCUGAGCAGAAUACGUGAUGUCAAAGAGUUGGCCGUGCUCAGCGAUGAGGCGCGUGAUGUUAAAGAAGAAGUUAUACUGGAGAGUUCCGGCCAUCAGCUGGAGACCAAAGUUCACAUGGUAACAUCGUCAAAUGAGAACAGUGGCGGUAGUGGUGGCGGUGUUGUCUCGGUGCCCGUUUCCCUGCCCAUUGGUUCCAUGAUUGCUGGUACCGCAUUCAAUGUUAUCACACCCGAUCAUUUACCGCAUUUCAAACAGAUGCUGUGCGUCGACAACAAUGGCUACAUUUCGAGUGGCACGGUGGUGGGUGGUGAUCUCAAGACGAUUGUUAUACACCAGCAACAGCAGCAACAACAACAGCACCAGCAGCAACAACAACAACAAAGUGAUAAUACAAAUGUCGUCGGUGGCCACCAGGUGACCUCGGCGACUGGUGUUGGCGGUCUCAAUCAUGAUGGUUCCGGUAGUAAUAACAGUCACGAUAGCACCGUAACCGGUGAUCAACUGGUACAUGGUGGACCUGGCUCUGGUUGCGGUUCAGGGUCUGGGGUCAGCUGGUCCGAAACCUCACAAAUGGAAGUCUUUCCCAUUCGUUGUAAGACCACCAGUGCGGAACUGUAUCGCAGUAAAUUGGGUUCGGGCGGUCGUGGUCGUUGCGUUAAGUACAAAGACAAAUGGUUAACGCCCAGCGAAUUUGAACAGACAUGCGGCCGUGGUUCCAGCAAAGAUUGGAAACGUUCCAUAAAAUAUGGUGGCAAAUCGCUACAAUCGUUAAUUGAUGAAGGCACCCUGACACCGCAUGCAACAAAUUGCAGUUGUACGGUGUGUUGUGAUGAUGAAGCUGCAUCCGGUCCCGUACGUCUAUUUACCCCGUAUAAACGUCGAAAGCGAAAUCAAGAAGAUGGUGAUAUAAUAAUGGGCGGCGGCGGUCCGAAACGUAAACGAAAUUCGAACAACAACAAUAAUAACAUAAAUAAUAAUAUUGUCAAUAGUACAGAACCAGCACCACAGCAUGCGACCGUUGUCGAUGAUAAUAAUAUGUUUUUAACCGAAGAUAAUAUUACCUCCAAGGAUGAACCAUGGCCGACACUUAACGAUAGCUUGGAUACAUCGACCGAAUUGGUGGAUCAGACACAAAUUGGCAAUCCAUACGAUCGGGAAACAUUUGUGGUGAAUAUCAAUGAUCCCGGGUCGAUUGCAUUGCUGGAUAAUAGUCAGACAAUGAAGACCCUGGAGAAUGUCUAUUGCACAAUGGUCAAGGCGACCAAUGAUUUUAAGCGUAUACUGACGGAUUUAAAGAACACAUAUGAUCGUAAAAUCGAAAUAUUACAAAAGGAGCGUGAUGCUGCGGUGGCUGCAAUGCGGGUACAGGUGCAUGCCGAUUUGGAUGAUCCAAAUAUAUCGGGUUCGUUACAUGGCAACGAAAUAAUAUCAGCUAAGAAGUGCGCCAACUGUAAUCGUGAGGCAUUGGCGGAAUGUUCAUUGUGUCGAAAGACGCCCUAUUGUUCGGAAUUUUGCCAACGAAAAGAUUGGAAUGCCCAUCAAGUUGAAUGUACACGAAAUCCAGCACCAACAGCCACCCAACAAAUAAUGCUCCUGGUCGAUGAGCAGUCCUAAAUUGAAUUCAAAAACAAA